GCCCAGCCAUCACCACAUGAAAUCAUCUCCAGGAAUUUCGAAAUGGCACAGGCAACUUCUAUCGCGGUGCCUGGUCAGCUUCUCGGCCCGCUCAGCGAGUAUCAACCUGGCCCGGGAACGCAUGUCCAUAAUUCGAACCUCUUCGCCUCAAUCCUUGGUCCAGUCAGAAAACUCAACCCUCCCAAGCCAGCAGGUCCGCAGAAACGAUUGACGAAGAUCACGCCUGCUGCUCCUGUAGCAUUGCCUACGCUUUCAAUUGAGAGGAAUAUAUCGGCGAGUACCCAGCAUGGGGGAAGCAAGGGGAAGGCAGAGAUCUUGCCAGAGGUCACCAGCACGGUGCUUUGCAGAGUUACGAGGAUUACGCCAAGACAAGCUCAGGUUGCGAUCCUGGUGGUUGGGGAGACGGUGCUGGAUGGAGAAUGGCAAGGCUUGAUACGCGUGCAGGAUGUGAGGGCUACAGAGAAGGAUAAAGUAAAGAUAUUUGAGAGCUUUAGGCCUGGGGACAUUGUGCGGGCUGUAGUGAUCUCUCUUGGUGAUCAAUCGAACUACUACCUCUCGACUGCGAGCAAUAACUUGGGGGUCAUCAUGGCAACGAGCGAAGCCGGGAAUGCGAUGUAUCCUGUGAGUUGGAAGGAAUAUAAGGAUCCCGAGACUGGAGCCAGCGAGAGUAGAAAGGUUGCCAAACCUUUCUAGAGAAGCCUUUCUACCCAUCUUCCAAAAAAGUUCUCUGCUGCAUAGCGUUGGAGUUCUAGAGGUCAUUGGCAUAGCUCCAUAGGGUAGGCAAAAUGGAGUAUUUCAGGGC